AGUCUGACCGGGUCCAUGCACUCUCUAAGUGACCUCAAGCCAUCACCCUCUGUGCCUCCCUGGCCGCAUCCCUCAAAGGCGGAGGGGGCGUGCCCACCUCCGGAGUUGGGGGAGGCUCCGGUGGUACCCGGUAAUGUGCUGGGCGUGCGGGCUGUGCGCGGGGUGGGGGGUCCUGACUAUCCUGGCCUUGACUGCCCAGCCCCACCCCCGGCCCCCGUGGAGCGCCGCGGGAGGAGGGGGCGGGGCGAGGGCGGUGCAGACAAUGGCCCGGGUCCGGGUCGCCGGCGGCUGUGCCCGGAACGGGGCGCGGGGGCGCGGCCGGGCCUGGCGGCGAGAGCGGGCGGUGCGCCUCUGCCCGCGUUCAUGCUGGUGGUCCCGCUGCCGGGCGCGCGGGCGGACGAGAGCUCCACGCAGGAGAUCGGCGAGGAGCUGGUCAACGGGGUCAUCUACUCCAUUUCCCUGCGUAAGAUCCAAGUGCACCACGGCGCCAGCAAGGGCCAGCGCUGGCUUGGGUAUGAAAAUGAGUCGGCCCUGAACCUGUAUGAGACCUGCAAGGUGCGGACCGUGAAGGCGGGCACGCUGGAGAAGCUGGUGGAGCACCUGGUGCCCGCCUUCCAGGGCAGCGACCUCUCCUAUGUCACCAUCUUCCUGUGCACCUACCGAGCCUUCACCACCACCCAGCAGGUCCUGGACCUGCUGUUCAAGAGCAGGUACGGUAGAUGUGACGUCCUCACGGCCUCCUCUAGAUACGGGUGCAUCCUUCCCUACUCCAGCGAGGACGGCGGACCCCAGGACCAACUCAAAAAGCCUUGGCAUCCAGAUGGGCGGGGCGAGCCCAGAAGCCCGGCCCCCAGAGGGUGCCAGGGGAGGGCCAAGAGGAAGGAAAGGCCAGGCCCUGACUCUGCUGCCUGCCCGCCCACCCCCAGUGCCAUCUCCUCCAUCCUGGGCACCUGGCUGGACCAGUACUCGGAGGACUUCUGUCAGCCCCCCGACUUCCCCUGCCUCAGGCAGCUGGUGGCCUACGUGCAGCUCAACAUGCCCGGCUCCGACCUGGAGCGCCGGGCCCACCUCCUCCUGGCCCAGCUGGAGCACGCAGACCUCGGCGAGGCAGAGCCGGAGGCUCUGUCCCCAGCUCCAGUUCCAGCUCUGAAACCAGCUGCCGAGGCAGAGCCCACACUAGGCCCAGACCUCGAGCCUGCUCCGGCACUGGCCCCAGAGCCAGCCCUGACGCCAGCUCCGACGCCACCUCCAGAACUCGAGCUGGCUCUCUCGCAAACCCUAGAGCUCGAGCCGCCUGCAGCCCCAGACCCCCCCUGGCCUUUGCUCGUGGCUACAGAGAAUGGGCUGGGGGAGGAGAAGCCCCACCUCCUGGCGUUCCCUCCUGACCUUGUGGCAGAGCAGUUCACACUGAUGGAUGCGGAGCUGUUCAAGAAGGUGGUCCCCUACCACUGCCUGGGCUGCAUCUGGUCCCAGCGGGACAAGAAGGGCAAGGAGCACCUGGCCCCCACCGUGCGCGCCACCGUCACCCAGUUCAACAGCGUGGCCAACUGCGUCAUCACCACCUGCCUCGGGGACCGGAGCGUGUCGGCCCGCCACAGGGCCAGGGUGGUGGAGCACUGGAUCGAGGUGGCCAGGGAGUGCCGGGUCCUCAAGAAUUUCUCCUCCCUCUACGCCAUCCUCUCUGCCCUGCAGAGCAACUCCAUCCACCGGCUGAAGAAGACGUGGGAAGAGGUCUCCAGGGACAGCCUCCGCGUCUUUCAGAAGCUGUCGGAGAUUUUCUCGGAUGAGAACAACUACUCCCUAAGCAGAGAGCUGCUCAUCAAGGAGGGGACCUCCAAGUUUGCCACCCUGGAGAUGAACCCCAAGCGAGCCCAGAGGCGCCCGAAAGAGGCGGGUGUCAUCCAGGGCACCGUUCCCUACCUGGGCACAUUCCUCACGGACCUGGUGAUGCUGGACACUGCCAUGAAGGACUAUCUGUAUGGGAGACUGAUCAACUUCGAGAAGAGGAGAAAGGAAUUCGAAGUGAUCGCCCAGAUCAAGCUGCUGCAGUCAGCCUGCAACAGUUACAGCAUCACGCCCGAGGAGCACUUCGGGGCCUGGUUCCGGGCCGUGGAGAGGCGCAGCGAGGCUGAGAGCUACACAUUGUCGUGCGAGCUGGAGCCCCCCUCCGAGUCGGCCAGCAACACCCUCAAGGUCAAGAAGAACCCGGCCAUCGUCAAGCGCUGGAGCGACCGCCAGGCCCCCAGCGCAGAGCUCAGUACCAGCGGCAGCUGCCACUCCAAGUCCUGUGACCAACUCAGGUAUGGCCCCUACCUCAGCAGCGGAGACAUUGCUGACGCACUCAGCGUCCACUCGGCCGGCUCCUCCAGCUCCGACGUGGAGGAGAUCAACAUGAGCUUCGUCCCAGAGUCCCCCGACGGCCAGGAGAAGAAGUUCUGGGAGUCAGCCUCCCAGUCGUCCCCGGAGACCUCGGGCAUCAGCUCAGCCUCCAGCAGCACAUCCUCCUCCUCGGCCUCCACCACGCCCGUGGCCAGCACGCGCACCCACAAGCGCUCCGUGUCCGGGGUCUGCAGCUAUGGCUCCUCGCUGCCCCUCUACAACCAGCAGGUGGGCGACUCCUGCAUCAUCCGGGUGAGCCUGGACGUGGACAACGGCAACAUGUACAAGAGCAUCCUGGUGACCAGCCAAGACAAGGCUCCGGCUGUAAUCCGCAAGGCCAUGGACAAACACAACCUGGAUGAGGACGAGCCCGAAGACUACGAGCUGGUGCAGGUUAUUUCGGAUGAUCGAAAGCUGAAGAUCCCUGACAACGCCAACGUGUUCUACGCCAUGAACUCUGCCGCCAACUAUGACUUUGUCCUAAAGAAACGGACCUUCACCAAGGGGACAAAGGUCAGACAUGCAGCCAGCUCGACCCUCCCCCGCAUGAAGCAGAAGGGACUCAAGAUUGCCAAGGGCAUCUUCUAACCGGUCCUUAGCUGCCAGCCACAGAGCCGCCCUUUCCAGGGUCUGGCUAGCCAGGCAGCUCAGCACUUACAGACUUUGGUGAGCCAGGCCAGGCGGACACCUCUGCCCGACCCGCCCAGCCCAGGCCACCCCCAGACUCCAGUCUCACCGCAGACCUCCCCCGCGGCCGGGAUUGACGCCUCUGCCGACAGGCUGACCUGGCCUCCCGUGGACCACCCGCUGCCUUAGGUGCCUUCUGCUGUCUGGAACCGGAAGACUAGCUGAACCUUUGCCAAGGAGCGCGGCCAGUGGGCACAGAGCCCCGCCUGCCGCCGGGCCCGGCCCCCCCGCACACCGCCCACACACCCUCCCAGGUGUGGACCACUGCCACCCGUGCCCGCAGGCACCCCCAGGGCACCCACUGCUCCACCGGAUCUCACCACUGCAGUUCUCUCCUCCCACCACUCUGGCCUUGUCUCAGGCUGCACCAAAGAGUCCAUCAUCAGGGCCAACCGAAGGUGAGGGAGUCUCACCCACUGCCCACUCCAGCCCUCCGCCGGGGGAGAGGAGAAAGAGAGAGAGAGGCCGCCUUCACGGACCAGACUCUAACUGGUGGGUGAGGAUGGUCUCGGCUGAGUCCCACCGAUGUCGGAUCUCCUGACCGUCGGAUCUCCUGACCCUGCAAGCGCUGUUCACUGCCGCAUCCUGGGCUUAACGAGACCACGCGAGAUGGGGGUUAGUGGGAAAAGGAGGGGUUGGGGGAGAGGGGAGGCGGACUGAAUAUUUGUAUAAACGGUGAAAAAAAAAUGUUUACCAGUUGGGGAGGGGCAAUAUUUAUUUGUUGUAAAUAGCAGAUGCUAGACUUGAAUCUUAUAUUAAAAUCCUGUUUCUACUAUA